AUGGCCGAGCUCAGGUACACCAAGGAUGGUGUGCCGAUAUACGAUGGCACGCCGGAAAUGUUCGUUCCGUAUCGUCGUGCUGCCUUGAUCUAUGUGGAGACAGUGGAGUGGAAGAAGAGAAGCCUGGCAGGGCCCAGGCUCCAAGCAGCCCUUGAAGGGGCCGCCCGCAUGGUGGUGGAGCAUAAAGCACCUGGAUGGAUUUCGCAUGUCAAUGGCGCUUCGCAGUUGCUGGAAUGCUUAAAACAACAGGUGCGGUCGCCCACACUAGCGGAGGCCGGAAGGACGAUGUCUAGGUUCUUCUACGGGAUCAAGCGCAGACGUGGUGAAGGAAUGGCAGCCUGGAUAGUCAGACACGACGAGGCCCUACUGGAGGCCAAGAGGACUCUGGCAGAAACAAUUCAGGAGUAUGGCCCUGGACAGAAAGUGGCAUCGUCGAGGAGUUCUACAUCCUGGCGGACACCCCGCAGGGGUGAGAGUCGAGGGCAAGGUUCUUCGGAGUUAGGCGGAACGCAGCCUGAUGAGGAGUUCGCAGAAACCGCUGACGCAGAGGCGGAGGCCGAGAAUGAGAAUGCCCACGAGACCGAGGAGGUACCAGAGGGGUCCGAGGACAACACCGACUGGUGGGAUCAGGACUGGCAAGGAGGCUGGGAAUCCUGGGACCAGGCAGAACGGUUCCUGCCAGACUUCGUCAUCGCGUGGCUCCUACUACAACGGUCCGGGCUGGAUACCACAGAAAAGAGCGUGAUCGUGGCGAACUUGUGGAACAACUUCUCCACCCAGAAGGUGAAGGAGGCCCUGAAGCUGACAUGGCCCGAUGAGGAGCUUCGGAAAAGGGACUCUGGGAAGAAUGGGGCCAUGUUCGCCACAGAAGAAGAGGCUCUACUGGCAGAUGAAGAGGGCUUCGAGCCAGUGGAGACUCCCAGCUGGGAGGACCCCGAGGAGGGCUACGCGUACCAGGCCUUGGAGGACGACGCGCAGGAGGCUCUGGCGGCACUGGAGGACGCGAGCUCCCGGCCGCCGAUCAAGUGUUUCCGAUGCGGAGGCAAUCACUUGCGCAGAGACUGCCCACAGGCUGCCUCCGGAAACACAGGAGACCAGCGCGUGCACUUCGUGUUCUCGGCCGUUGACGACAAGGCAACUGCGGAGCCAGAUGCCAAAGACGACGACACAGCAGCAACAGAGGCGAGCUUGUUGGCCUUGGACGAGAUCGUGGCCAUCGGCAAGGCCAUCAUAGAUGGAGGCGUCACGAGUAGCCUGGGAUCGGAAGAGGCCUUACAGCAAGUGGCAAUGCUCAACUGGAAGGCUACGGGAAGGGACAGCAUCGAGAUCGUCCCAGAGGAGCGGCCAAGCUUCAGGUUCGGGAACAAUGCACAGCAUACCUGCCUGUCGACGGCGUUGCUCCGCCUGCCAAUCAGCUGCAAGGCUAGCCAUAUGCGUGUGCACAUCCAUGACAUCCCAGGCCAACCAGUGUUGCUGAGUGUGAAGAGUUUGCGAGCCUUAGGAGCAGUGAUAGAUUUCUCCAACGACCAGGCCGUGUUCAAGGCCUUGGACCCAAAGGCGGUGGUGUCUCUUGGACCACCAGCAGUGGACACCAGCUGUUUCCUUUGGCCCAGGACGUGCUUGAAGGGGCUACUCCGCUUGAGCAUCCGUUUAGCUCGUUCCAGCAGUAUGUGA